ACAACAGAAAUGGCUGCUUUAGACGAAAUACAACGCCUGGAGUAUUUAUCUCUGGUAUCUAAGGUGUGCACGGAGUUGGAAAAUCAUCUGGGAAUAAGCGAGAAAGAUCUAGCUGAAUUUAUCAUCAGCUUGGCAGAAAAACAUCCAACAUUUGCUCAGUUUAAAGCUGUCCUGACAGAAAAUGGAGCAGAUUUUACAGAUACUCUCAUUGGUAAUUUACUCCGACUUAUUCAAACUAUGCGACCAUCACCUUCCACCAGUAAAGCAUCCCAGCAGGAAGUUAAACCAAAGAGUGAGAAGGAUAAGAUGAAAGAGAAAUAUCCAGCUUUAUGUAAACCAGAUGCACCUGCGUGGAAGAUUCCACCUCAACACACUGAUAAAGAUGACGAGCAGGUUGCUGCAGCAGCCAUGAAGGAGUUGGAGAUGCUCAUGCCAAACGUGUGUGGGACAAGCUCUGAUUACAGGUCAGGUGACAGAGGCCGAGACCCAAACAGAGAGAGCGGACAUCAGCGAAAUCGUUCACGCUCCCGAUCGAGAGAACGGGAAGGAGAACCAAACCCCAAGCGCAGGAGGAAACGGCCGUCUCGAUGGAGCGAUCGACCUCCGAGCCCACCUGUCCCACCUGUAGACGUCAGCAGCAGCAGCAACAACAUCAACAACAUCAACAACAUCAACAUCAACAUCAACAUCAACAACAACAUCAACAAGGAGGAAACAGAAUCAGACCGCUUCCAUGACAGACUUGCAGAUCGGCCGCUGUCAGACCAGCCUGUUGUGGGAACCGUCUACAUCGGCAAAAUUAGUAGUAUUAUGCAGUUUGGCUGUUUUGUGCAGCUGGAGGGCCUCAGGAAACGCUGGGAGGGUCUAGUUCACAUCUCAGAGUUACGCAAAGAAGGUCGCAUAGCAAACGUAGCUGAUGUCGUCACCAAAGGUCAAAAAGUAAAAGUCAAGGUGCUCUCAUUCACCGGAACCAAGGCCAGCCUGAGCAUGAAGGAUGUAGAUCAGGACACAGGGGAGGACCUGAACCCCAACCGGAGGAGGAACCUGGACACCGGAGUCGGAGACGAAGCGAUGAGGAACCCCGACCGUCCCGUUGAAGCCAGCAUCCUCGAAAUAGAAGAAAACACAACGGAGCGUAAAAGGCUCGCCAAGAUAACUGACCUGGAGAAAUGGGAGAUAAAACAGAUGAUUGCCGCCAACGUUCUUCCUAAAGAAGAAUUCCCAGAAUUUGACGAGGAGACGGGAAUCCUUCCCAACAUAAACGAAGAUGAAGAUGAGGAGAUAGAGGUAGAUCUGGUUGAAGAGGAGCCACCAUUCCUGAGAGGACAGACUAAGUGGACCAUGAACUUGAGCCCAGUCAAAAUAGUAAAGAACCCAGACGGCUCCCUUUCCCAAGCCGCCAUGAUGCAGAGCGCUUUGGCAAAGGAGAGGCGAGAGAUCAAGCAGGCGGUUCGCGCGGCAGAGAUGGACUCUAUCCCUACUGGUCUCAACAAGCACUGGAUUGACCCCAUGCCUGACUUUGAUGGAAGACAGAUCGCUGCCAACAUGAGAGGCAUCGGCGCGAUGCCUAUUGAUCUUCCCGAGUGGAAAAGAUACGCCUUCGGAGGGAACCAGGUGUCGUAUGGCCAGAAGACAGAACUCUCAAUCCUGCAGCAGAGAGAGAGCCUGCCUAUUUUUAAACUGAAGGAACAGCUCAUUCAGGCUAUCCACGAUAAUCAGAUCAUGAUUGUAGUUGGAGAAACCGGUUCCGGUAAGACGACGCAGAUCACUCAGUACCUGGCAGAGGCCGGUUACACCGCCCGGGGGAAGAUCGGUUGUACGCAGCCUCGUCGUGUGGCCGCCAUGUCUGUGGCUAAGAGAGUCUCUGAGGAGUACGGUUGCCGUCUAGGCCAAGAGGUGGGUUACACCAUUCGUUUUGAGGACUGCACCAGUACAGAGACGGUAAUCAAGUACAUGACCCAUGGCAUGCUGCAGAGGGAGUGUCUGGUGGACUCUGAUAUGAGUCAAUAUUCCAUCAUCAUGCUGGACGAAGCCCACGAGAGAACAAUCCACACUGAUGUGCUGUUUGGUCUGCUCAAGAAGACGAUACUGAAACGUAAAGACAUGAAGCUGAUCGUGUCCUCGGCGACGCUCGACGCUGUCAAGUUCUCCCAGUAUUUCUUUGAAGCUCCCAUCUUCACCAUCCCAGGAAGAACUUUCCCAGUAGAGAUUCUCUACACCAAAGAGCCGGAGACAGACUAUCUGGAUGCCAGUCUCAUCACUGUCAUGCAGAUCCAUCUGUCUGAGCCUCCAGGUGACGUCUUGGUGUUUCUGACCGGACAGGAAGAGAUCGACACCGCUUGUGAGAUCCUGUACGAGAGAAUGAAGUCUUUGGGGCCUGAUCUUCCUGAACUGAUCAUCCUGCCGGUCUACUCUGCUCUGCCCAGUGAGAUGCAGACGAGGAUAUUCGACCCUGCACCUCCAGGCAGCAGAAAGGUCAUCAUUGCCACCAACAUUGCCGAGACAUCUCUGACUAUUGAUGGCAUCUACUACGUGGUGGAUCCCGGCUUUGUUAAGCAGAUUGUGUAUAAUUCCAAAACUGGCAUUGAUCAGCUUGUGGUGACUCCCAUAUCACAGGCUCAGGCCAAGCAGAGGGCAGGUCGAGCCGGCAGAACAGGCCCGGGGAAAUGUUACAGGCUCUACACAGAGAGAGCUUACAGAGACGAGAUGCUGACCACCAACGUGCCUGAGAUCCAGAGAACCAACUUGGCCAGCACCGUGCUGUCUCUGAAGGCCAUGGGCAUCAAUGACCUCCUGGCAUUUGACUUCAUGGACGCUCCUCCGAUGGAGACUAUGAUCACAGCCAUGGAGCAGCUCUACACUCUGGGAGCUCUGGAUGAUGAAGGCUUACUCACACGGCUUGGUAGAAGGAUGGCUGAGUUCCCUCUGGAGCCCAUGUUGUGCAAGAUGUUGAUCAUGUCCGUCCAUCUGGGCUGCAGUGAAGAGAUGCUCACCAUCGUGUCCAUGUUGUCUGUGCAGAACAUCUUCUACAGACCAAAGGACAAACAGGCCCAGGCCGACCAGAGAAAGGCAAAGUUCUUCCAGCUCGAGGGAGACCAUCUCACUCUGCUGGCCGUCUACAACUCCUGGAAGAACAACAAGUUCUCCAACCCCUGGUGUUUUGAGAACUUCAUCCAGGCUCGCUCCUUAAAGAGAGCGCAGGACAUCCGCAAGCAGAUGUUGAGCAUCAUGGACAGGCACAAGUUGGACGUGGUAUCUUGCGGGAAAGCUUCGAUGCGGGUCCAGAAAGCUAUUUGCAGCGGUUUCUUCAGGAACGCUGCCAGGAAACACCCUCAGGAUGGUUACCGUACCCUGAUUGACCAGCAGGUGGUGUACCUCCACCCCUCCAGCACGCUCUUUAACCGCCAACCAGAAUGGCUUGUGUACCACGAGUUGGUUCUGACCACUAAGGAGUACAUGCGUGAGGUGACCACCAUCGACCCUCGCUGGCUGGUGGAGUUUGCUCCAGCUUUCUACAGAGUGGGCGACCCCACGCGCCUCAGCCGGCAGAAGAGGCAGCAGAAGCUCGAACCUCUCUACAACCGUUACGAGGAAGCCAACGCCUGGAGAAUCUCUCGAGCGUUCAGGCGACGCUGAAGAUCUCCUGUGCCUCUCUAUGCUUAUACCAGGUGGACUGUGUAGUACGAUCUGUGUCAGCUAACAACUGAAAAAGACACCUAGGUUUCAUCUUCUUUGUCAAAGUCAGACCUUUGACUGAACAAAUGGUGAUUAAACUUUAAUGGCCAAGUCUUAAUUCAGUUCAGUAAUCCUUAAUGUUACAAUGUCAGCUAUAUGUCAUUGCCAAUAUAAAGUGUUAAUGAGAGCUGGUCAAUGUUUCCUAUAUUAAUUAAUUAUAUAAUUAAUAUGAAAAUUAAAAUGUGAUUCCAAUUUUUUUUAAAGUCACUACAAACAAACACUGGAUGCACUCUUAAUUCUACAUUGUCGUGUUUUCAUAGAUGAAUAUGUAGUGUUUGAGCAGUGUGUGUGUGUGUUUUAGGUCAAAGAGCAGUUUCAAUCAACAUUUAUUUUCUUGUUUUUAGAGUUCAAUUAGAAGAAAUUGAUGAAUAUAAAAUUACUACAAGAGCUGGUUAAACCGCUAAGCACAGCAAAACCA